GGAAAAAGGAAUACAGAAGGAAGUUUCAUAGGGUGGAAUUGCAUGUGUAUAGAGGGAUAUGGGUGAAGGUAGGAAUCGCAACCCAAACAAAAGAUUCGCCAUUCUUGGCGUGUCUUCGAUCCUCCUUGUGGCUGUGGUGGCUGUGAUAGCUGUUACUUUAAACCAAGGAGAUGUACCUGAAGAAGAAGCAGCUCGUAUCGCUAGUUCUCAAAAGACAAGUGUAGACAUACUUUGCCAUUCAACAGAAUACGCGAAAACCUGCAAGAAAAGCCUUAAAAAUGUAGCUGCUAACGGAACCGCAGACACAAAGACUCUGGUGAAAGCUGCGAUCAAUGCCACAGCGGUGGAACUUUUGAGCCACAUAAGGAACUCAUCCCUUUAUAAAGACUUGGGGAAGGACAACAUGACAAGACAAGCCAUGGAUAUUUGUAGGGAAGUGUUUCAGUAUGCUGUUAAUGGCAUUCAGAAAUCUGCUGAUACAAUAGACAAGUUUGAAUAUGGGAAGUUGAGUGAAUAUAUUUAUGACCUAAGGGUUUGGGUCGCGGGGAGUCUCACUCACCAGCACACGUGCUUGGAAGGCUUUGUGAACACGAGCACGAAGGCUGGUGAGACAAUGACUAAGGUUUUGAAUACCUCUAUGGAGCUUAGCAGCAAUGCGUUGGAUAUGUUGAAUGUGAUCUCUGGACUGAUGAAGGACCUUAACUUGACCUCAUUUGGCAAUAGGAGGCUUCUCUCUGAGGACACACCAACCUUGAAUGAUUAUCCUCCGUGGGUGACUCAAGAAAAACGGCGUCUUCUUGAGAUGGGAACUGAAAAUCCUGAUGCAGUUGUGUCCCAAGAUGGCUCUGGCCAAUUUAAAUCUAUCAAUGAAGCUCUUCAGUCCGUUCCUGCUAACAAUGAAAAACCUUUUGUGAUUUACGUCAAAGAAGGUGUGUACAGGGAAAACGUUGAAAUGUCUGUACUAAUGACUCAUGUCACUAUCGUCGGAGAUGGUCCAACAAAGACCAGAUUCAGUGGUAGUUUAAACUACGAUGAUGGCGUCCAAACCUACAAAACUGCAACUUUUGCGGUUAAUGCUCCAAACUUCAUGGCGAAGGAUGUCGGAUUUGAGAACACGGCAGGGUCUGAGAAACAUCAAGCAGUGGCACUGCGAGUGACAGCAGACCAAGCUGUGUUUCUGAAUUGCCACAUGGACGGGUUCCAAGACACCCUAUAUGCUCAGUCACAACGCCAAUUCUACCGUGAUUGCUCCGUGACUGGGACGGUUGAUUUUGUGUUUGGAGAUGCCGUUGGAGUGUUCCAAAACUGCACGCUGAUUGUGAAAAAACCGUUGGGCAAACAACGGUGCAUGGUGACAGCUGGUGGGAGAGUGAAAUCCGACAGCCCCACUGCCCUAGUUUUCCAAGGUUGUCUGUUCACUGGAGAGCCGGAAGUGUUUAGCAUGCCACAAAAGGUAACAUACCUAGGAAGGCCAUGGAGGGCAUACUCUAAGGUAAUCAUCAUGGACUCCCAACUUGACGACAUCUUCAUACCAGAAGGGUACAUGGGGUGGAUGGGAACUGAAUUCAUGGACACUUGUACAUAUUUAGAGUACAAUAACAGAGGCACUAAUGCUGACACUUCACUCAGAGUCAAAUGGCCUGGUGUUAGGAGUCUAACAGCAGAAGAAGCAGCUGAUUAUUAUCCUUCCAGGUUCUUUGAACUUUAUUCUCCAAAUGAUGGUGAUUGGAUUGUUAGAUCUAGGGCACCCUACAGUCUUGGCCCUUCUCCCCAGUAGCUAGUUACUAAGAAAGAAAAAAAAAAGGUUAUCUGAUAUUCUAGUGUCACUCAUCUACAUCA